AUGUCGGAGGAAACACCUGUGGAACAACAAAUAUCCUCCAAUAUUGAUGAUGAUCAUCAUCAGGUGGAAAAUACUACCACUAGCAUCACUGAGGAUACCAACAAUGAUACAUCGACUGUUAAUGAACAAACAGAAGAUGAAACAACAAAUAUUGUCGAACAAACCUCCGAAGAAUCAAAGCAGGAAGAAACAACAAUUGAAGAAAAUACAUCAAUAGAAGAAAAACAAUCUGUUGAAUGUAAUAACAAUGACGAUACUAUUAUUCAACCAACAACAGAAGAAUCUACAAAGGUAGAAGAACAAGUAACUUCUCCAACGAGUGAGACCAAUUUUGAUAAUGGUGAUUGGUUGGAUGGUGAUUCUUUUGCCACAACCGAUGAUCAUCAACAAGAAACAUUGUAUAAUAACGAUCAAUCUUCUACUGAAAAUAGCACACUGCCCGAACAAACAAAUCUAGUGAGUGAUAGUGUUAUUUCUGCUCAAUCAACAGAUGAACAACAAGAAGCAACAACAACAAACACUGAGGAACCAAUAGUUGAAGAACAAUCAUCCGAAAAAGUAAUUCCUAAUACUUCAUCACAGGAAGAUUUUGGAGAUUAUUCAGAGGAUGCUUCAGAAGCAAUAGUUAUUGGAGAGACAAUGCACGAACACAAUUCAUCCCAAGAUGUAAAUAAUCAAGUGGAAAUACCUUUGGAAGAAUCUGUACAAACCAAUGAGUCCAACACCUUGGAAAGUACAAACAAAGUAGAACAUUCCGAUAGUGUUGUUGAAGAGACUAAUAACGAAAAUUCAGAUGAGGGAUUUGCAAAUAAUGAUGAUUUUGGUGAUUUCCCAAGCACAGCAACAGCAACCAUGGAAACACCAACUAUUGAGGAGCCAUCAACAAUAGUGGAAUCUACAUCUCAAGAGGGUAGCAACCAAACUUCUACUGAGGAUAAUCUUAAUUCGUCUGAACAACCUGCCGAAGAUCAACUUGAGGAAUCAACCAAUCCAUCAGAAGAAGGUAAUAAGCCAGAAACAACUGUAGAAACUGAAUUCUCCUCCGUCCAAGAGGAGAUGAAGUUUGCAAAUGAUGAAGAUUUUGGAGAUUUCCCAACAUCGACCGAGGUGGAAACAUCCCAACCUGCACAUAUUAAUGAAACAACUGAACCAGUCAGAGAAUUUGCAGAAGAUGAAGAUUUUGGAGAUGUUCCAGUAUCUACUGUGGUGGAAACAUCCCAAUCUACACUCGUAAAGGAAACAAUCUCUGAACCUGUACCGGUUCAAGAAUUAGCCAAGGAUGAAGAUUUCCCAACAUCUACAGAGGAAACAGCCCAAAAAGAAGAGCAUGUUAAUGACACGAAUGAAAAAAUAGAAUCUGUUGAUUCAACAGGCCAAGAAAUUGAAAUUGUUCAACCAACCACACAAGUUACUGGGUUUGACGAUAAUGAUAAUUUUGGUGAAUUCCCAGAGGUUGCUGAAAAUACUCAUAAGGUAAAAGGGUUUGGUGAUGACGAUGAUUUUGGCGAAUUCCCAACAGAACAACCAAGUGCACACACUGAAACUGUUAUACAGCCAGCAACACAAGAGGAGAAGUUUGUAAAUGAUGAAGAUUUUGGAGAUUUCCCUCAACCUACACUCACAAAUGAAACAAUUUCUGAACUAGAAUUUGCCAAGGAUGAAGAUUUUGGAGAUUUCCCAACAUCAACUGAGGAAACAACCCACGUAAAUGAAACAAGUUCUGAACCAGUUCAAGAAUUUGCUCAAGGUGAGGAUUUCGGAGAUUUCCCAACAUCUACUGAGGAAACAUCCCACGUAAAUGAAUCUACUAACCCACCAACAGAUGAAACAAAUGGUGGAUUUGCAGAGGAUGAUGAUUUUGGUGAUUUUGCUCCAGCAGUUGAAUCGACUGAGGCUAAUGCAGAGGAUGAUUUUGGUGAUUUUGCUGAACCUACAACAGAUUCUACUACAGAACAACCAACAACUACAGCAGAUCAUAAUGAAGAAGACUUUGGAGAUUUCAAUGAGCCUACCCAAGAAUCUACUAAGGAAGAUGAAGACGAUUUCGGUGGAUUUGGGGAAGCAAAGGAGGAGGAAGAAGAACCUGUUGCUAAACCAGUUGAGAUCAAUUAUGCAGAUCUUCUUAAGGAUCAAAAACAUGUUAUUGAUUCUAUUCUUUCAAUUGACCAGAUCAAAAACGAGGACGAAUUUUCCAAAGUUAAACAAUCUGUUCACAAUUUAGUUAGUAUGCUUAUACCAACUGAACUUGCAGGAAAUCCAGAGAGAACUGACAUUACUGGAGAAUCUGGAAAUACUCUAGAAAAACUAUUCAAUAUGAAUUCCAAUCACAAUGCAGAUAUUUUAAGCAAAAUGUCUGUUUGGCAAAAUAGUUGUGUGGAAAAACACUUUUUACUCUCACUAGGAAUGGAAAAAAAGAAGAAUAAGAAGCUUAACAAACCACUCAGAAAAGCACUUCACAGAAGAACAGCUUCCACAACCUACUCGACACCAAUUUCUGGAGAUACCCCUCAAAAACCAAAGAUUGAUACUCCAAAUGUAGAUCAAAGAAUGAAGAUUGAUGAAAUUGGUAACAUUUCUCAAAGAAUGCUAGGAGCAAGACAUAGAAGAGUUGGUUCCACUGUGACUGACCUUCAUCUUUCUCCAAGAACUGUUCCAUUAGGUGUAAACACAAUGGAACAGGCUGUUUCACCAACCGCUACAAGUCCACUCCCAACUACUCCUGUAUCUACCAAUAAGUUUACUGGAAACGUUCCAUCACCAAGUUUAUCGGCUCAACACACUGAUGAUCUCAUCAAUUCUUACACUCCAUCUAUCAAUACGCCUUCCUCAAGUAAGCCAAAGAAUGCUGAAUUGGAUGAUAUUGCAGCUUUAGUAUUUGGUUCUGGAUUUGCCUCUCCAACAAAGGAGAUACCAAAGACAGAAGUCAAGGUUGCAACCAGUACCAUCAAAAUUACAACCACUUCUGCCUCGCCUUCAGGUGUUGCUCCUCAAUCAUCAACUGCAUCUCAAAAACCUUCUGCUAGUAACAAUGGUUUUGAUAACGAUGACUGGGGAAGAAUCAUUCCAAACAUUUCCACAAAUACCAAUGAUGUUAAACCUGUUAAGCUAGAUUCACCUGGUUUUGAAAACGACACCAAACAAUCUGCUACUAUUUCCCAACAACCAAAGCCAUCUCUAUCACCUGUUAAAAAAGAAAGUGUUGUUUCUGCCAACGACGAUUUUGGUGACUUCCCAGAACCAAAGUCAACAAAAGAAGAAACUGAAUGGUCAAGUAAUGAUUCAUGGGAUGCACCUCCUCAAACAUCUCCAAAAGCUACUUCAACAACUGACUCUUGGUCUACACCUGAGCCAAAGGAGGUUUCAAAUGAUUCUUGGGGAGAUGACAACAAGUGGACUGAACAAUCAUGGGAACCUUCACCACCAAAAGCAACAGAAACUAAAUCAGAAGUGCCAGUCAAGAAGAUUGAAUCUUCUGUUGUCUCAGCUAGUGAAGAUGAUUUUGGAGAUUUCCCAGAACCAAAAGAUCAUGACCCACAACAACACGAUUCUUGGGGAAAUACCCAAAAUAAUUCAUGGGAAAGUUCUAGCAAUAAUUGGGCAUCAAAUAAUGAUUCAUGGGGAACUUCUCAAAAUGACUCCUGGACAACCCAAGUUGACUCUUUCAAACCUGAGCCAACCUCUUGGGAAAGCUCGUCCAUAAGCAAUACUAACAAUGCUGCCAGCUCAACACCAUCAUUUACUGAUCAAGGUUUUGCCAAUGAUGAUUUUGGAGAUUUCCCAGUUGUAAAGGAGGAUUCAAAGCCUCAAGCAGAUUCUUGGGAAACUCAAAUACCAACCACUAUUGAACCAGUCCAAACACCAGAAGCUUCAGUUCCAACUCCAUCGUUCCAAACUACAUCUCAACCUAAUAGUGGAUUUGACGACUUCCCAAAACAACAAGACGAGCAAGGUUUUGGUAACGAUGAUGAUUUUGGAGAUUUUCCAGAGCCACAAGACCAUUCCCUUAAACAAAAUGACAACGAUGAUUUUGGUGAUUUCCCAGAGCCUCAAGAUCACAAACCACAAGAUGAUUCAUGGGGAAGCAACAUUCAACCUGUCUCUAACAACGACUCUUGGCUUUCAGCUAUUCCUACAAAUGUACAAACUUCUGUUAAACCUGCUCAAUUAGGAGGGUUCGAUGAUUGGUUGUCUCCUGCAACAGUUUCAACUCCACCUGCACAAUCAACAGGUACACCGCUAAGUACCCCUCAACCAAUUUCAGAUGAUUGGCUUUCAGGAUCCAUUUCUACUCCAACAGUUCCUCAGUCUCAACAAACAACUCAACCUACUGUAGUUGCUGAUGAUUGGCUCUCAGGAUCUAGCUCUACAACAGCUCUUCCCCAAACUCAACCUGUUGGUGAUGAUUGGCUUUCUGGCUCCAUUUCCACUCCAACAACACAAUCAUGGUCAACUGCUGCUGUUGCAUCAACUGUUGAAACAACUGAGGAUGAUAGCUUUGGAGAUUUCCCAGAACCAAAGGAUCACGAACCAAACCAUCAAGAUAACGAUGACGAUUUUGGUGAUUUCCCAGAACCUCAAGAUCAUGUACCAAAACAAACAUUUUCCAAUGAUGGAUUUGAUACUUUCCCAGUUUCACAAAAUAUUAUUAUUCCUCCUGUUCAAACAAAGCCAAUUGGUGGAUUUGACGAUUGGUUAUCUACUCCAACCUCUCAAUCAACAGGGUUUUCCUCCCAACCAACUUCCCAACCUGUAAUUUCUGAUGAUUGGCUCUCCACUACCACCAGUGCUACUACUUCUCAACCAUCUACAAAUAAUACUGCUGCUGGUAAACCAAAUGAUCUUUUUGAAUUUUUCUAAGUAAGGGAUUAAUUUUAAUGCAAAAUAAUUGUAGAGAUAAACAGAGAUAUGUUUAAUAAU